AGACCGGGGCUUAUGUUGAGCACAGUCACGCAGUGAAAGCAAAAAGUUACUUUUAAACGAUUACUUUGUAUUAUUUCAUGCAUUUGUCACAAAAGAACCUAAGAGCCUACUAUAAUAUUUGCCUCAACAACAAAAAUGUGUCGACUAAAUAAAGUUACUGUCAAGUCUAAAAUAGGCUACUUGUAGAAUGUAAAAAAAAGCCUUCUGACUUUUAAGUCACCGGACAGAAUGGUUGAGUGUUUGCAGUUGUUUUGGUGUGGUCUUGUUAAAGCUCUCACAUGAUGAACUCUCUACCCCCUGUGAAAGGAAACAGGAUCAUCUGUGAACUCCCUUUGUACUUUACAAGGGACGCUGCAGUGCACACCAAAGAUGGCUUCAACAUUACCGUUAAAGAUGCAUGUCAAGGACAGAAAACAGGAUUGAAUGUAGCCAAGGUCAUUGUUGUCGGUGAUGUAGGAGUUGGAAAGACCUGUUUAAUAAACAGAUUCUGCAAAGACACAUUUGACAAGACAUACAAAGCAACUAUUGGAGUGGAUUUUGAGAUGGAGAGAUUUGAGGUCCUCGGAGUGCCCUUCAGUUUGCAGUUGUGGGACACAGCAGGUCAGGAAAGAUUCCGAUGCAUUGCAUCCACAUACUACAGAGGAGCUCAAGCCAUCAUUGUUGUCUUUGACCUGAGCAAUUAUAACUCUUUGGAUCAUGCAAGAGAGUGGCUUGAAGAUGCCAUGAGAGACAAUGACCCAUCUAGUGUUCUCCUCUUCCUCGUGGGAACCAAAAAGGAUCUUAGUCACCCAGAUCAGUUGGCUCAAAUGGAGCAAGAAGCCGUUCAAAUCUCAGAGGAGAUCAGAGCAGAGUAUUGGGCCGUGUCUGCUCUGUCAGGGGAAAGUGUGAGAGAUUUUUUCCUACGGGUUGCAUCACUUACAUUUGAGGCGACUGUGUUAUCUGAGCUGGAGAGGAACAAUUCUAGACAAGCUAGUGAUAUUGUCAAUAUCUCUAACAAUUGUGAUGACAUUUUUAAGAAGAGGCAAUCCAGCUGCUGUCGUUGACUAAAAGUAUGUAACGUUCAAAUGGCAAUAGAAGUGAUCCUUGAACACAGACUUUGGGAUGAUGUCCCAUAAUGCUCUGAUGCACAUCUUUGAGUUGAAGAAAAAAAUAAUACACACAGAGGACUUGGCCAGUGAGAUGAGGGAAUCUCAACAAGAAUUCAUCUGAAAGUGAAGUUUGGAUUGUAAUCAGAAGUGUACCAAUGAAUCCAUUAUAUAUUUCAUGUGUUUUUUAGUUAUGAAUUUGAAAGCAUUUUUCUGUAUCAUGAUUGUAUUACAUGAUUAUUAUGUGGAUACACAGUAAUUGAGUUUGUCAUAGACUAUCAAAUAACCAGGAACAAGUGAGUGGUUUUGUCCAAAAACGUGUUAAUUUUUGUUCCAAGCAGUGUCUUAUGAAGAUUUAAAUCUGUAAAUCUAUCUAUAAAUACUUGGUGUCAUUUACUGGCAUCUCAGGUCUAUUACAUAAAGCGAUGCAAAUCCCUGUCAUUUGGUGGUAAUGACUUCUGCCUUUACAUUUGCUUUUUCCUAGCAAACAGCAGUGCUUAUGUGCAGAAUACUUAAGAGGUCACAUUAAAUGCCCUCCUGGCGGUUCUGAGUGGAUAUUUUGUAAAUGCAGCCCUUGUUUUUAGUUGCAUCAUGAGAUUCUCUGGCUAAUAUGAUACAUAUGCCAGCACUCGUGACCACAGGCUCUGCUGCCGACUGCGCCGACACUCUGAGCUAAAUGGAAGGAUUGUUAAGACGGAAAUAGAGAAGUAUCACUCAAACGAAAAUUGUGAAGCAAAAAUUAGCAGCUCAACAAACAGCCCACUUGAAAAACCAUUAUAUUCUGUACUGAAAUGUCCCCUCAAGUCUUCAUGAGAGAAUAAAGGAUAAAAUCCCCAAAAAUGUCAAUUGUUGGUAUUUUUGUCCACUUGUAGCUGUGCCUUACA